GACGCCCCCUGCCCCCGCCCGCGCGAGCCGCGGCAGGCGCGGCAGGCGCGCCCGCGGCGCGGCCGCACCCCGCGCGGCUCCAGGCACCUGCCGCUGAUGGAGCCCGAGCUGGGGGAGGCCGCGGACCUGUGGGGCGACGCAGAGACCACGCUGCUGCCAAGGGAGCACACCGGCCAGAGUGCGGG